AGCUUCUUUGUCUUUAUUAAUGAAGUCUAGUACUAUCUGACCGUUCCUAUAUAUUAUCUAUGUUUUUGUCUUCAUGAUUGGCUCAGUUGUUCUUGUUGAGUCUUUAGGAAGCUCUGAACUUUUUUCAUCUUUUCCUAGUAUUAGAUUCUCCUUUUUCACGUUCAUGAAGUAUAUAUAUCUAUAUGAUCAUUCUUACAGUGCUUAAUUCAGAAUAAAGAUGGCAUGAGGGCUUAAAGAGGGAGUCACAGAGAGAGAAUUUGUAAGAGGUUUAUGUAGUGGGGUGGUGGCAGUAAGAGGCGGAGAUGGACAGAAUUUAUGAAGGCGCUGGCAGCGAGGGCUUGAUGAGAGGCGGCGGUGGGGUGAUGAUGACAAGAGACUCAAAGCCAAGACUGAGAUGGACUGCUGAUCUUCAUGAUCGUUUUGUAGAUGCUGUCACCAAACUUGGUGGCCCUGAUAAAGCUACUCCAAAAUCAGUUUUGAGGGUAAUGGGAUUAAGGGGCUUGACAUUGUAUCACUUGAAGAGUCAUCUACAGAAGUAUAGACUCGGGCAGCAGCAGGCCAAAAAACAGAAUGCUUUGGAGCAAAAUAAAGAGAAUGGUGGGAAUUCUUAUGGACAGUCCAAUAUGCAUAUGGCUAGUUCAAGCAAUAACUUACCAGCAGUAAAGAGUGAGCAGGGAGAAAUCCCAAUUGCUGAAGCAUUAAGAUGUCAGAUUGAAGUGCAAAAAACAUUACAAGAACAGCUCGAGGUUCAAAAGAAACUGCAAAUGAGAAUAGAGGCUCAAGGGAAGUAUUUACAAACAAUAUUGGAAAAGGCUGAGAGGAGCCUCUCGGUUGAUAUGAAUAACCCCGGUAGCGUUGACACGACGAAGGAUCAACUGGCUGACUUCAAUUUGGAUUUUUCAAAUUUCAUGCAGAGAAAUGGAAAAAUUGCAAAGGUGCCCGAGUCGAAUUACAUGAAAAAGGUAGAUGAAAUAGAAGAUAUGAAGCUUAAGCUUGAAGGACCUUCCACAGAUUUUGAUUUGAAUACCAGAAGUAGUUAUGAUUUUUUUGGCCAAGCCAAACCACUUAAAAAUAGAUGAGGAAAUACAGAUUAAUUUACUGCCUAUAUCAGAUUCUUAAAUUUGCUUUCCAGUUGAAUUUGUUGACAUAACAUUUUGUGUAAUUUGCUUUCAAGCAUAAUCUAAUUGUCUUUUAAACACGAA